AUGUUCCUCGGCAUUCUCCAAGCAGCACUGUACAAGAACCUGAACGGGCACGCGGGCCUCGCAGGCUGGCAGUGGCUCUUCAUCGUGUCGGGCCUCAUCACCAUCGCGUGGGGCUUCCUCGGGCUGCUGAUCGUGCCCGACUCGCCGUCCAACACGCGGGCGCUUUGGCUCACGCUCGAUGAGCGCAAGCUCGCGUACGACCGCGUCGCAGCGCAGAACAUUGCGCCGGCAGAGUUCGUGUCCAAGUCCCACCUGUGGACGCGGAUCAAGGCCACCGUCCGUUCCCCCCUCAGCUGGCUCUUCACGGCCGCAUACCUCCAGUUCGCGUGGAGCCAGCGCGCCAACUCAUACUUCCUGCUGUAUCUCAAGGGCCUGACGCGCGCCGACGGGUCCAAGCUCUACUCGACUUACAAGGUCAACCUUCUCCCGCUGGGCGGAUACGCCCUCUCCAUCGUCUUCAACAUCGGCCUGAACGCAAUAAGCGACCGCUUCCGCUGGCGCCUGCAGAUCAGCGUGCUCGCCGCGACGAUCCAGCUCGUCGCGUGUUCUGUACUGUCGGCGUGGCCCAACUCGACGCCGACGAUCAUGACGUUCUACUACAUCACCUUCACGACCGCUGCUUGGGGCUACGCGCUGAUCGCUUGGCUCGCCGAGAUCCUCCGCCGCGAGCCCGAGUCGCGCGCGCUGCUGAUCGGCGUGGUCGUCACCCUCACAUAUGUCGGCCACGCGACGAUCCCACUCCGGGCUUGGCGCGUGUCCGACGCACCCCGGUACCCCAUUGGCUUCCCCCUCGCGACGGCUUUCGCGGCGGGCGGAAUCGUCAACCUCUUCGCUAUUUGGUGGUACGUGCGCCGUCACCCCGAGCUGGUGGAGCACGGCUUCGGCGGAGUGCCGGACGAGAUCGAAGAGGGGGAGGUUGAUGGCAAGGCUGCAGAGGCAGAUGAGGAGUUUGGGCACGACAGCAAGGUUAGAGUGUAG